AGCUAUUCCGACGGCGUUUUGAGAACAUUUAAAGGUAUAUAGAAGCUGCUUUAGCUGGCCACAUGGAGUCGUGCUGAAGGACAGCGAUUACCGCGGUUGAGACCGAUAUAGUAUUUGUGGUUUGAAAUCUGUAGCUGCGUAGCCGAAAAAGACUAGAUACUCGUCGCUUAACUCAUGGACAGCCCAGGCCAGUCAUCGUUCUUUGAUGAUGUCCUGCCAAGCACCUCAGCAUUCGUAGCUCCAGGACAGGAAGAGCUUUUUCUGAAACCUCACGGAUCGCUUCAACCCCAUGCCUCUGGCGUUCUGCAAGGCAGUCCCGGUCAGUUCGGCAGCACAUGGCCCGGACGUGGCGUCAGCAACCUCCACCCCAGCCACGCGCUACGCAACAGCCCUCAACCGCGCAACAGCCCUGCAGCAGCUCCAGCGCCCAACCAGCACUAUCAGGACCUCCCCUCCCACGUCUAUCAAGCCAAACACCAUUUCUCACCUCAGGACUUGGCCCAGCUGGCUGCUUUAGACCUGGCUCCCACGUCAGGGGCCGUCGCCCUCAGCCCCCGCGGCUUCACGGGCGCGGCACCCUCAACCACGGCACCGCAUGGCUCCCCGCCGCCUCCCCAGGGCAGCUCCCAAACACAAGCCGUAGUGAGCCCCGGCGGCAAUCUGGCGCCCGGCCAUGAGCCGGUGUACCUCUCACAAGAUGAGCAGUGGCACUUUGCGGCACUGCAGCAGCAGCAGUCGCAACACCGCCAUCGGCAGCAACAACUGGAUGCACGCUUUGCGGCAGCAGCCGCUGGAGGCAUGGGUGUGUCCGGCGCGCCGGGGGCUGCGUACGAUGCCGCUGCCGCUGCGCCUUACGGUCAGCGGCCGUUGUUGCCGCCGCAACAACACGCAUACCAUGGAAGCUUUGGCGACCCACAUCACCCCCCGCCCCCAAUGCCCUACCCGCACCCACAGCAGCAGCACCCACAGCAGUAUCCUGGCGGCAGCAUACCAGCCGCUGCCGCUGGGGGAGCCGGCUGGUCUGCAGCUGACGUUGCGCAGCUCAUGACCGCAUACCUGCCCCCCUACUGCGCUCCCAUCGCCACAACGAACACCGGCACCACCAACACCGGGCCGCCUCCGCAUGCUUCGAAUUCACCCCCUGGAUCCGCAACUAGCGCCGCCGCUGCGGCGGCGGCGGCCGUGGCAGCAGCAGCCUCCAUGCCUGCCGUACCCACGAUGCCCCCGGGCGCCGCCGUCUCUCCUCAGUCCCAGUCACCGCAUGCCAUGAUGAAGAUGAUGAUGCAUGCGGCCAGCGCUAACAGCAGCAUCCCCUCGCCUGCGCUGGCGGCGGUUGGCGGGCUGCAGGGCGCCGUACGGCAUGUGGUGGAGGAUCUCAGGACCAGUCCGCUUGCAGGAGGAGGUGGCGGCGGGAACGAGGUGUUGUCCACAUCG